AUGAAGGAGAUGCUUGGAGGAUGUUGCGUGUGCGGGGACGAGAACGGCUGGAGCGGCAACCCACUCGUUUAUUGCGACGGGCCCGGAUGUGAAGUAGCUGUCCAUCAAGGCUGCUACGGCAUAAUCGAGGUGCCAGAGGGCGAAUGGAUGUGCGCGCGGUGUACAGCUGGCGUCUCCAAUCCGGCCAAUGGCACCAAUGGCGAUGAGAACGGGAUCCGACGCAACGGCCAACUGCCCACCCGGUGCGAGUUGUGCCCGGUUGGGUAUGGGGCGCUGAAAAGAACGCAUUCCGGAGGCUGGGCUCAUGUCAUCUGCGCCCUCUACAUUCCUGAAGUCCGCUUUGGCGAUGUGCAUAGCAUGGAUCCGAUAAUGCUGAACGAUGUGCCGCAUGAAAGAUUCGAAAAAAGCUGCUACCUUUGCGAAGAAGAUGGGCAUUAUAACCUUGCGGGUAUCGGCGCAUGUAUGCAGUGUAAUCGGAUCGGCUGUAAAAAAUGUUUUCACGUCACAUGUGCACAACAACGGGGCCUCCUCUGCGAAGAAGACGCGCAAAGCAAAAACGUGAAGUAUUGCGGCUUUUGCGACACGCACCUCAAAAAAGCGGCUUCCGAUCCGACGAUCAAGAUCGUGCCCGCGGUCCGUUUGCGCCCUUUGGCCCAUCCGGUGCCCGCGCAUCCCACCCCGCCAAUCUCCGACCCUGGCGUGCCAUCCGUCUCCACCAACAGUGCUUCUAUCCCAGGAACCUCUCCGCCACAGGUGGUGGCCGGUACGGUGGGUGCAAUGAUGGUUGAUCCCUUUCCGCGACCAUCCAACACCCUACACCCGCCCGUUCCCACCCUCACCAACGGCAACUCCGAGGAGGCCCACUUGAUCACCAACUUUUCGCCACCCCUUACGGCGAGCAGCCAAUCCUCCAUCGCGCACGACACAACACCCCCGUUGACGACGUUGCUGAAAAUUGACGGCCUCGCCGGCCAAACGCCCAACCUCGCCAACAUGAACCACAUCACGGCGCUGAUCAAGGCGGCCAACGAGUUGACCAACCACAACCGAUUACCCGGCAUGCCGAAUGGGACCAAUGGCCAGCAACUCGACCCUCGGCUCGAACCGCCGGCGGCCCCAGUUGUCGCUCCGGCCAAGGGAAAACGGGCUCGCGAUAUCAAACCUGAGAUCGAGAAGCCGAAACGGGCGCGGAAUUCGAGCAAAAGCCACAAGAGGGGCAUCGACUUGCCGGGACCCACGCCAAUGGAAUACUCCCCUGACAAGCCGGACGAAAAGCCAGGCCCGUCAAACGCUCAAUUCCCGAACAAUGUGUUUGUUGCCCCGAUGAAUCCGCCAUCAACGAGCACGGCUGCCCAGAAUGGAGCGAUCGUUCCCAUCUCCCAAGCCAACAUCCCUACGCCCGUAGCGGGUCCCUCUGGCAUCGGAAGAAGCGGUACCACCCUCCCGUCAUCUAUGGAGCAACUUCUGGAACGGCAAUGGGAACAAGGAACCCAAUUCUUGCUCUCACAAUCCCAGCCCUUUGACGUUUCUCAACUGCUGACUUGUCUGCACCAGUUGAAAAGCGAAAACCUGCGGCUGGAAGAGCAGAUGAGCGGGCUGAGUCGUCGAAAGGAGCAUCUCGUUGCCCUGAUCGCGCGGCUGAACAUGCCCCUAGUCCCCAUCCCAUCCGCCUCCUCAUCUUCGGCAAGUAGCAACGGACCUAAGAUGCAGGCUGUCGCCCCGCUCUCAGCAACAAUGGCGUCCCCACACCAUUCGCCCCACAUUCCAUCCGGGUCCCACAAUCUGCCCACCGGCGAUGAAAGCAUUGCGCAGCUCAGGAAUUUGGCGAACUCUACGAUGAACAUCUUGCCGCAGACCCCGUUGAGUGCCCUGAAUCGACCGACAUCGCUCGUGAGGCCGCAACAGGAGAUGCCCUCGUCCUCGGCGAUGGCAUUUGUUACGCCAAGCUCCAGCGCUGCUGCCCAUUCCUUCCUGCAACAACAUCAAGGAAACCCGGCUCAACAAGCUGCGGCAAUGGCGGCAAAUCUGCAAGCGUUGCAAAACUUCCGGCCGAACGUCUCGAUGCCGUCGUUUAUGGCGUCUGCGUCCCCGCAAAUUGCUUCAUCACCAGCUCCGGGAUUGCAAAGCGAACAGACGGCCCAGUUGAUCAACCAAGCGAAUGCCGUAGCCCAAGCCGCGGCCAAUCAACAAAUCAGCUCUGAUCGACUAAUGGGACUGUUGCAGCCACAACAGCAACAGGGUCAAUUCAUCGGGCAACCGUUCUUGACGCAGAUACUCCUUCAAAACGCCGCUCAAAGCCAGCACCAACAACAUCAGCAGCAAGCCCAGCAGCAACAAAGUCAACGACAACAACAACAACAACAGCUGUUCAACCACAACUCGGCCACCGCCUCCAUCAUCGCCCAGCUGAUGCUGAGCCAACAAGGCGGCCAGGCCCCCACCCUCCAUCCACCACAUUCAAAA